UCAGACACCUUGCCCGACUCCUAAGGCUUCCUCAGUAAAGCACUUGGCAUCUCGAAAGUCUUUGGGCUCCUUCUCAUGUUGGAAGCCCGGUUUCCAAAGGGAGGUGUUCAUCCUGCACGGUGUGUGUUGGAACCACAGCUCCCUGGUACUGGCAGCACUCGUGCUUGACUGUUGGUGUGCUCUGACUGUCAGCAAGACAAUUAGGGUUAGGAUUUUCUUGCUGUAACGGCUGAGUGGCCACUCAUUUUAUUAUAUUCCCAUACAAGAUGCACACUGACUACUCUGAAGCAUAUCCAAGUUUUAUUUUCAUAGUAUUGUCCCACUUUUGUGAGGUAGCGGACAGCAUGCAGUGUUGUGUGUGUGGAGGAUUUCACGAGUGUGGCUUUCCAGUGGGACACAAGGACAAGCAAUUUGUGCCAGAUUCACUGCACUAUUAGCAGAAGCGACUGGAAGUGCAAGCAGGCAUCACGUCAUUUCAUGGGUGUCAUGAGCCAGAAAUAUUGAGCGCUCUCGUGUUCAACACUUUUAGUGUGAUUUCCUCCUAAACUGCAGUUAAUGAACUGGCCCGGAACCAAUCAUCAUCACGCAGCCCCGUCUCACUAAUUAAAUUGAUUCCCUAAGACUUGCUGUUUGUUUGUCUCUUUCCAUGGCGACAACUGGACUAACAGUCAUUGAGAACACUCCAACUCUAAUCCCCUUGCUGAUUCUUGAAAGGUGUCCUUGCUAGAGAAGUAUGAAUAUCGUCCAUCCGUCCAUCCAUCCAUCCAUCCAUCCAUCAUCCAUUUACUUCCGCUUAUCCAGCCAACCCAAAUCUCAUGACCGCAGAUGAGGAUGCGAACAUAGAUGGGGAGUAAAUUGAAAAUUUUGCAUCUCCGGCUCUGCUCUCUCUUCACCACGAUGGUCCGGUACGGUGGACCUCCUUCUCCAACCUUCCCUGACUUGUGAACAAGACCUCGAGACACCUGGGGCAGGAGCCCCUCCCCCUCCCUCCGUGGGAGCUAAAUGAAUAUUAAUUGGCAGAUCCUGACCUGCUGAAGCAAAGACCAAUCAAGUGCACUUCCAGGAUACUACAUCUGGCUAACGUGAAGAACGUGUACUACCAUUGGACAACUCUCAGAAGCUGAGAAGAACGAAGCUGUACAUGGCGUGAAAAACAUCCUUAAUAAUUCCAGCCUUGGUCCAUGCGGCAUCACCUACUGCAUGACCCACUGAACUUCUCUGGACUGCCUGGCCAACUGUCUCCUUUUGGUGUUGGAAGGGUGUGUUCUCAAUUAAGCCUGUGGAUGCUCGGUGAAGAUGACUUGACUUGGCAGGCCUAACAUCCCCCACCACUUUUACCCACAGAUCGAGCGAGGGAGCCCGGCAGUGAGAAACACAAAUGUGGUGGCCCUGAGCCAUGCUGGUGUUGCUACUACUGGAGCCCCGCGGUAAAGACUAUCAUUAUCCCUACCAUCAUUCGUCCAAGCUGAGGAACAUUUCACGGCCCCAAAGAAUCAGGCUACAUAUCUGAACGGCUUGAGGGAGACGGCACACCAAGAUCCACUGCAUCAUCGCUCAUUCAAGACCAACCAAUAGCGCGCUCAACACAGUCCUCACUCAGGAAGUAAAGGCACGGACCGAGCAGGAGCUGGGACAUCAGCAUGGCAACCGAGAGCAUUGCCGAGCUCCGCGAUUGGCUCUUCCUGUUCCUACUGUGCCUCACCUUAUUGGCCGAGGUGCUGGAACUGGCGGCGGCUGCAAUUGUCUUGGAGACAGGCGAGGGAGAUGAAGGAAUACUUUGUCCCUUAGUCUGCCGGUGUGAUGAAGGUUUUGUCUACUGCAAUGACCGUGGACUCAGUCUGAUUCCCCCUCUGCCGUUGACGGCCGCCAUCCUCUACCUGCAGAGCAAUCGGCUGACAAAUGCUGGCCUGCCUCAGUCGCUGGAGCACAGCACUUCUAUACGAGUGAUUUACCUGUACGCCAAUCAGUUAGAUGAAUUCCCCAUCCACCUCCCACCUUCAUUACGGGAGCUUCAUUUACAGGAUAAUAAUAUACGAACAUUACCACGAUCAUCUCUUGCCAAGUUGCCGCUACUUGAGCGCUUACACUUGGAUGAUAAUUCAAUCUCAACAGUGAGCAUCCAGGAGCGGGCUUUUUCUGGGACUCCACGGCUCCGCCUGCUGUUUCUUUCUCGGAACCACCUGUCAAGCAUCCCCGCAGGCUUGCCGGCAUCCUUAGAGGAGCUACGAUUGGACGACAACAGAAUCAACACCAUCCCCACGCAUGCCUUCCGAGGGCUGUCCUCCUUGCGACGCCUGGUCCUGGAUGGGAAUCUGUUAGCCAACACACGCAUUGCAGAUGACACCUUUUCCCGCCUCGCCAAUCUGACAGAGCUGUCGCUAGUGAGAAACGCCCUGCAAUCCCCACCAAUCAACCUGCCAUCAGCUCAUCUUAUCCGGCUUCAUUUGCAGGAUAACGGGAUGACCCACGUACCAAGAGGAUCAUUGGACGGCAUGCGCCGUCUGCAGAAGCUCGAUCUAUCCGGAAACAAUCUAACCAGUCUUCCUCGAGGGCUUCUUAAGGACGCCGAUAGUCUUGAAUUGUUGCUGCUGAGAGGAAAUCCCUGGUACUGUGGUUGCAACCUUCGCUGGCUCCACGUUUGGCUGCACAGCUGGGGGGCUGCAGUGACAGUCAGGGGUUUGACCUGCCAGGGGCCUGAGGUGGUGAAAGGCCAAUCCCUUAAAGACCUUACCUAUGUGAUGGAACAGUGUGAAGGACCACCAGCUGGUCCAAUCACUGGAGUCGGGACGAAUCCAUCAGAAAAGGAUGGAGGAGGGGAAGAUAGCGUUGGAGGGGAGGGGCAAGCUGUGGUUUCAGAUCCCCACGGCAGCACCACCACUAACUCUUUGCUGGUCCCCACACAGGGUUCCCUUUUUACGCUGCGAGCCAAACGACCAGGCCCAGUCAUGGCUCUGCCUGCAGGGGGAGAAGGUCGACCAUCUGGAGAGGCCCUGGAGUUGACGGUAAAAGCUCUCUCUUCAGACAGUGUGCUGGUCAGCUGGUUGUGUCCACAGCCUGCACCCUCAUUCCGUUUGUCCUGGCUGAGGUUGGGAUCCAGCGCGGCACUCGGCUCAAUAACAGAAACUCUUGUUCCCGGAGAGAGGAGGCAGUAUCAUCUCACCCAGCUCACGCCACGCUCGCAUUAUCUCAUAUGCUUGCUGCCAUUACGACAGGAGACCUUUCUGGGCUCCAGCAUGGGGACAUCUCGGGUAGGCAGCUUCGAAUCAAACAAUAAAGACUCCGCCCCAGCCUGUGCUCAAAUAGAGACCGGGGAGGCCAUGGUGAACUCCAGAGGAGAGGGGUCAGAUAAGGACACACAAGACUCUGAGCUAUCAGCGCUGCCACUGGCGGGCAUAAUUGGGGGCGCCACAGCGUUGGUAAGUCUUCUGCUUAUCUUUGGUAUUUUCUGCUGGUAUGGACAAAGAACAAGUUACAAGUCGGGGGACUCCAAUUCGUACAACAGAGGUCGGGGAGGAAAGCAUUACGAUGACUAUGUGGAAUCCGGCACCAAAAAAGAUAAUUCCAUUUUGGAAAUCCGAGCCCCUCCUUCAGGGUUCCAGAUGACAGCCAUGGCCCAUCAACCCUUGCAGCCCAAACUGGAGGACGUCACCUACAUCCACACCAUUUUCCCUUCUUCAGCAUCUUCUUCCCAAGCUAACGGGACAUACCGCAGCAACCACAGAGUCGGCAGCCUCAACGGCACCAUCAUCAGCCAAAGCAGCCGCCACCACGUCACCUACGGCACCAACCGUGGCUACAGAGAGGGCGGCAUCCCCGACAUAGACUACGCCUACACGUGAUGACAGGGGUUCAAUCCCAGAGCCGUGAAUGCCUGCCGCCAUUUCUAUGGCGUCAACACCUGUGACCCGUGGCCAUUUUGUCCUUGGUUUCCAAAGUACCCUUUGUGCCUCAGAUGGUUCAAGUCUGAUAUGUUUGCUAAGUAGAAGAGACUGUUGAUUGGACAAUGCUAUACUGUAUUCUACUACUGCAGUACAGUAUACUUGUGUCAGUGCUACUUAUCAGUGGAUACAUUUUUCUCCUUUGGCUCUCUCUGUGUCUUUCAAAACUGCUGUUCUUAAUCACAGUAACUUAUUGGAGGUUGGUGUAGUAGGCUUAGCCGAUGUAGAAGGAGAUAUAUUUCUAAUAGCAAGGAAGGCCAAGUCAUGUGUAGAGAUAGCGUGUGCUCUUUGACGUGUAGAUGAAGGGAAGACACAUGCAGAAAUUGACGCUUGUUAUAAUUCGCAGAUGACAACCAAUCGUGGCUGACAUGAAGAUACGUGUUCUAAUCCCCACCCCCGCUUGCGCUCCCUCUUCCUCCGGAUUACUUCACCCAAUUUAAUUGUUCUUCCUUCCUGCCUCUUUGUUUUUAGCAGAGGCGCUUUCAUUUCUCUCAUGUCUUUUCGUGGCGCCGUGAGUAGAGGACGACUUUGUUCUCGCCAAAAGGAGCUGACAGCAGUGAUAACAGCUCUGACAAAGACAUGAGACACAAACCGCCACAUGGGGAGACUAAUGAGUGGGGCGGAGGAGGGGGGGCGAUGGAUAGAUAUUUGGACGGAGGGAGCAAACAUGAAAGUCAAGAUACAGUCAAGCUGUUUUGGGAAUGAGACCGAAAGAGUUGCACCGGUUUAUUGCAGAGUAGGACGAUUAGGGGGAUACCAAGGCCUGGAACACCUCGGGGUGUCACGGUACGCCAUUAUCACGGUUUGGUACAUGUCGCCACGCUAUACGUACCCCCAACGCAAUCGCUUCAGCUGGGUCCUACACAUGUGCAGAACGUGUCUACAUCCGGUCGGCCUAUUUUUCGGCAUGUUAGGCGUGUGUAAUAUACCCCCCCCCCAUUUUCCCAAAGCGCUAGCUAUUAAGGUAGAUAGAAAUUUGAGAAAUCACAACAUGACAGAUGGUUUUUUUCUUCUAUCAUAUCCAUGGUGCAAGUGGACAAUUUAUAGAUCCUCUUUUCUUUCUUGAAUCAAUUACUUUACAUUUUUUCGGCUGCCAUUUCUCUGGCUCAAUCUUGGUUGGUUCCGCUGAAAUAUAACUCCAGUUAUUUCUGUGUGUUAACCAGAUACGACCUUUACGUUGGUGCUACGUGCGCAGUAUUUCAACAAGAGUCACUCUUAAAAUAACCAGCCAAUAUGUUACAUAUAUGAAGUAUGAUUUGAUGUAUGAUGACUUUUUAUGGUCAUACAUUUCAAAAAUAAGAACUCCUACACCGCGUGACGUCGCAGAAGCGCUGUUAUAAAAAUUUGCUCAAAGGAGAAGUGACUUAAUCCUCUGCACCGAUUGCGUUCUGGGUACAGAUUGCGUGGUUUUCAAUCUCCAGCUCCUUCUUGGUACUAGCGCUAGGCGCGGCUGUAGCCAACAACCUGGCCACACCGUAUUUUUAUCACAUUUUACCAGGAAACUACAAAAAAAUGAUUUGCUUUUUUUGUGAUCAGCAGUCCUUUUACAGGCAUAACGUUGUAACAUAUGAAGAAAAAUUUAAUUUUAGUUGCAGAAAGUUGAAAUAUUACAGCAAUAUUUUCUAGUCCUAAUAUUAUGAGAAACAAAACAAAACAACAAUUAAAAUGUCAUUUUUUGGAAUGUUAGGAUGAAGAAAAAGUUGUGUUCUGAGAAAAAAAGUCAAAAUAGGAUAGGAAUAAAGUCAGAAUUCCAAGAAGAAAUGGAAAACACACAUGUAAUUUGACAAGAAUAAAGUCCCACUCUAAUGAGAAACAAACAAAAAUGUAUUUUCCAAAAAUACAUUUGUGUUAUCAUAAGAGCAUUUUUCCAAAAUUAAGCAGCAAAGGGUUGACAUUUUAAAGAAACAUUUGUUAUGUUAAUUUAUAUUAUUUUUACUAGUUAAAAUAUAUGACGAACAUUAUGGAAAACCAAAAUAAAAUUGUCAUUUGUGGAGAAAUAGGUUGGGGGAAAAGUUACAUAAUUAUUGCAAUAAAGUCAAGAAAAUUUAUUUUUUUUCAAGUUGAAAUAGAAAAAAAACAGCAAAAUGGAGAAAAUUACAACUAUAUUGCAAAUCUAAGAUGCCGAUCUUUCUUGUAAUUAUAAUGAUAACAAUAAUAAUAAUAAUAAUAUAUGUGUAAGCAUACUUUCAUUUUUGACUACAUGGCCCUCAAUGGUCAAUGUUUGGACACCUCCGCUUUACAGACUAAGAUGCUGUUUGAAAUACGGGACCACAGGCGACACAGCGAGUAACAACAGAAAAGAAAAUGAAGGUGCAUUAGUGCCACCCCCCCCCCCCCCCCCCCCAACCUCAGCAAUGUGAUGACUCCUCAAUUACUCAACAUGAUAUCUACUUUACUUGAGAAAAUAAAAUAACACUUGACCUAACGCACAUGGGUUGAUCCAUCAGUUGAUUCACUGCCGCCCCCCAGGGACAAAGAAGCAGCCAAGUCUUAUUAUUUCUCAUUCAUCUAAUCGUCCUCCGAAGUCACUAAUGAUAAGAAACCAGUCUUAAUAUAUCACCCCCAAUUAUCUGGAAGAGGAUGCUAAGAAAACAACUCAUCAUUUCUUUGUGGAACUGAACGAUGAACAGCAAAAUGGAGGGCAUCUUUUGACAAGGACUGCUCUAGUGGAUGAUGGUCUAAUUGCCAGACAAAGGGCAAGUAUCAUACACAUCAUCACAUACGCCAGGACAGACGUCACUAAAGUCCUCGUUUUAGUCAUCCGGCCAGUUGAACGAUGAGUCCGUCUCAUGGUUAGAUCCAAGAAAAGCAAUGCUGCUGUGCUUCGUUGCUGCUGGUUAGUUUGGCUAAGAGACCGCCAGCAGUAUCGGGGACACACUGACAAGAAAAACAUGAAUUUGUGAAAAACACUUCCCAUAUUAAACUUUUAUUCGAAUCAUUGAUUCUCCUUUUUGACUGGUAGAUGGGGUUUUUUUCUUUUCAGUGUGGUCCACGUGCCGGCAGGUUUUAGCGAACUGAUUACUUCUGAGACAUUUGAGAAAAGUGUUCCCACUCAAAAAAAUGCAAUGAAAAAGCUUGAAAAUUGGAGAAAAUGCAUGAAUCCAAAUGAAAUUGUGAGUGAUGAAAAAAAGAUUUUAAACAGGAAUCGAAUGUUGACUCAGGGCCUGACGUCCAGUUUCAGUAGGAGAUGUUUUGUAACGGGGACAAGAGCCUGACCGCGACACUGUGCACUCGGACGUACACGGCAAGGCAGCAGGGAGGACACCAGCCGCUUUCCAAACGUCCUCGCUGACCACGACACCCUGUUCAUCCUGGCACAGCUACACUGUGUGUUGUUGGGCUUUUUAAGCUCUGUUUAAUGGCACCGAGGCUACCUUUCACUCUGUAGAAAUCCUUGUUCCUUCCAAAAUAAAAAUAAGAACAAUUAUGUCACCCUCAGAUGUGAUGAUGCCAACGCUCUCCAUGUAUAAAAAUUGUUACUGCUCUGUUGUCUUUUUACUACAUGAAUGAAUAAAGACUUCUCAGAAGAGACUGAUCUUUGUGUGUAUGUAGCGUGAGGGAGGAGUGUCAUUACAAGAAUAGAUUAUUAGCGUGAAGAGGACCUCAUUAAAUCACACACACUCAAUGGCUACAUCAGCAGCAUUUGAA